AUGAAUAAAAAACAACAACAAUUAGAGGAUCAAAGACUACAAAAAGAACGUAUAGAGUCUAUUAAAUACUAUGAAGAGUUUAUAAAUGAUACAUUACAAGUCGAUUUGGAAAGGGUUAUAGGGGAAAGAGAAAAAAUAAUGGAAAAUUUAGAAAACUAUUUAGAAUUAAAAAGUAAUAUAGAGUUAAUCGAAGAAAAUAAAAUGGAGUCAAUGAAAACAAUGAUAAAUUUAGGUUCGGAAUGUUAUGCAAAAGCAAGAGUACCAGAUACAAAAUAUAUUUAUGUAAAUAUAGGAUUAGGUGUGCAUGUUAGAUAUACUUUAAAAGAAGCAUUAAAUUUUAUUGAUGAAAAGGAAUCAUUUUUAAAUACAAGAAUAGAAACAUUAACAAAAAGAAUUAAUCAAGUUAAAACAAAAAUAGAUUUAGUUCAAAAGGGCAUUCAAGAUUUAAAAAGUCUUGACGAAAUAUCGGCACCUAUGUAA